GCUAUUAGGAACAUUAUGGUCCCUGCAUCCUCUUUAGCCACCCAGCAGAGGAUUCCUGCAGGUAGUUGGAAAGAGACCACAGUUCCCGCAGGACCGACGCUCCGGCAGAGCCGUUCCGAAAGCACCAUGAGCUAUUUUGCGGCCCCUGCUGUCAGUGGCCCUGCUCCUUAUCCGGUGGCACGUCCCACAGUGGCGAGGCAGGGACCCACCAGCUCUUACGAAGAUCCACGAAUGGCCUGUGGUUUCCCGCCCAGCUAUCAUCAGCAAAGAGCUUGCUACCCACUCUGGGAAGAGAUGGCCACCCAGGAAGUGCCAACUGGUCUUGAACACUAUGGCUCAGACAUGGAAUGCGCGGAUGUUCCGCUGUUAACGCCAAGCAGCAAAGAGAUGAUGUCUCAAGCGUUGAAAGCCACAUUCAGUGGUUUCUCUAAAGAGCAACAACGGCUGGGAAUUCCCAAAGACCCCCGGCAGUGGACAGAAACCCACGUGCGGGACUGGGUGAUGUGGGCUGUGAAUGAGUUCAGCCUGAAGGGCGUGGAUUUCCAGAAGUUCUGCAUGAACGGCGCGGCGCUCUGUGCCCUGGGCAAAGAGUGCUUUCUGGAACUGGCCCCGGACUUCGUCGGGGACAUCUUAUGGGAACAUCUGGAGAUCCUGCAGAAAGAGGACAUGAAACCCUACCAGGUGAACGGCGUCGGGAGCUACCCCGAGCCCCGCUAUUCCUCGGAUUACUUCAUCAGCUAUGGUAUCGAGCAUGCUCAGUGCGUCCCUCCCUCGGAGUUCUCGGAGUCCAGCUUCAUCACCGAGUCCUACCAGACACUGCACCCCAUCAGCUCUGAGGAGCUCCUGUCCCUCAAGUAUGAGAACGACUACCCCUCCGUCAUUCUCCGGGACCCUCUGCAGACAGACACCCUCCAGACCGACUACUUCGCCAUCAAACAGGAAGUCGUGACCCCUGACAACAUGUGCAUGGGGCGGACCAGCCGGGGUAAGCUCGGGGGCCAGGACUCCUUCGAGAGCAUCGAGAGCUACGAAAGCUGCGACCGGCUCACCCAGUCCUGGAGUAGCCAGUCGUCCUUCAGCAGCCUGCAGCGCGUCCCCUCCUACGACAGCUUCGACUCCGAGGACUACCCGGCCGCCCUGCCCAGCCACAAGCCCAAGGGCACCUUCAAGGAUUACGUGCGGGACCGCGCCGACCUCAACAAGGACAAGCCGGUCAUCCCUGCUGCCGCCCUGGCUGGCUACACAGGUAGCGGCCCCAUCCAGCUGUGGCAGUUCCUUCUGGAGUUACUCACUGACAAGUCCUGCCAGUCCUUCAUCAGCUGGACGGGAGACGGCUGGGAAUUCAAGCUCUCCGACCCGGAUGAGGUGGCUCGGAGAUGGGGGAAAAGGAAAAACAAACCCAAGAUGAAUUACGAGAAGCUGAGCCGUGGCCUACGCUACUAUUACGACAAGAACAUCAUCCACAAGACGGCAGGGAAACGCUACGUGUACCGCUUCGUGUGUGAUCUGCAGAGCCUGCUGGGCUACACCCCCGAGGAACUGCAUGCCAUGCUGGACGUCAAACCCGACACUGACGAGUGACGGCGGCCCGGGCCACGGGCACACUCUGCUGAGACAUUCCCAAGCACAACCACGCUGGUUGGACUCUGAAUUUCCCAUUGUUCUUCUAUUUUUAAUUUUCCAGAACUCGUUUUUUACAUUCGUGGGGUGGGUGGGAAAGCUAGGUGAGCUGCAGCUGUAACCGAUUGUCCGAAGUUGUCAAAGGAGAACCAGGAUGUUUGGGGUGGGGGGGACACGAGAAAUUCUUGAGCAGAUUAUUUUCAGGAGAAGGCGAAGCGUUUUCAGAGAAGCCUACUUAAGAAUCCCGCGAGAGAGACAGAGAAGGGGAGAGAUGAGAGAGAGGAAGAGAGACCAGUGGCCUGAUCUUUUUUAAAAACAAAAAAACCAUUCACAAAAGAAAAAAUAUAUAUCUUGAGUUAUGGACCUGGUGGCAAAAGGAAUUGAUAUGUCAGAAGUCAUUAACCCCAGGGAAAGGCUGUUCAUUUGAUUGAUGCUUUUUAGAUCUGGGGUGAGGGGGAUCCGAUAGAGAGAUGAGGGCGAAACUUUUUUUUUUUGAGGGGGGGAGCACUGAGAACCAAGAACUAUUUCACCUUUUACUCUACUUUCAAAACCAAUAUGGACUUCAGUGGCGGAGGGGUCCAGGCUGUUUUUGUGUUAAGAUUUAUUUUAUUAAAUUUUGUGCCAGUAUUUUUCUUUUUCCUUAAACAUCGUCUUAAGCUCCGAGGUGGUCUCAGUUCGGCGGUUAUCACGCAGGCCUGUCUUUAGUUUGCUGACUGAGGCGUCUGUCACAGCGAAAGGAAACUGUUUAUAUAGACCCCACUGGAAAGCACCGUCCCUGUGAUCUGGGACCCCAAAUUCACGGGACUUAGCUAGGAAGGACAAAAUCAUGCCCAUUUGGGGACCAGGGAACUCUUGUUUGUAUCUGUCACUUUAAGAAAGAGAUUCUCCCUCUCCUUCUCCCUUUUCUCCUUUGUGUCCUGUGGAUCCUUGGGGCUGGGACAAUGAGCUAAGAAGCAUUAAGUCUGGAAACUGAAUCUGAUGUGCAGCCUUGGUUCAGAAUGUUGCGCUGUCAUCCAGGAGAGGAGGUCAGAGGAGGCAGAGUGACUGGACGCUGUCUUGCUCCUCUCCCUGCCACACAGACUUGGGUGGUUGUGACUCCUGGUUGUGACUGGGGAUCUGGAGACCAAGCCGGGUGCGUGGGCAUUACCGCUCAGGUCUUAAGACAGACGUUCCGAAUGUGUGUCCUUGCAGACUCAGACCCGCUUCCUCCUCCCCCCUGACUUUGCUCUGGGACAGCUUUCUCCCACUCUGGUUAUGCAGGUGCGAGGAGGCGGCAGCCUCUCCUGGGUGAGGCAAGGACUUCUGUGUACUGACCUGGUGGGUGUCUGCUAAAGCCAGCUGGCUGUGCUGGGGCUGGGGAGGGCUGGCAUUGAAGGGCACAUGGGCAGCAAACGUGGCCUUGCUGGCCCUGGAGGAAAGGCGCGUCUUUCCUUUGAAGAAUGUAAACUUGUGCAUUGGGUGGGAUGCCUGAGCGGACUGCGGAGAGUUUGGAUGCCUUCGAGGGGUCCCUGUUGUCUUGCCCUGGGGAGAGUGAAGGUUGGUGAGGGCAGAAGGCAGGAAUGAGUGUAAGGCAAAGGAGAAGCAGGGAAGGGAGCGUGAGUGAAGGAGUAAGUUGGUCCAGGAGAUUGGACUGUUCCCGGUCUCCCUCUCCCUGGAGUUGCCAUAAAGUCAGGGUGGUCAGUGCCUCCCUCUUUCUCCUGGCUAUGACCGGGGAUCUGGAGACCAAGAGCUAACGCCAGGACAAGUGCCUAAGGCAGCCAGGGACCGCCCCUAUGGAUGGCAGAAGGGAGCUGCGUGCACAGGGCUGGACUUUUGGCGCUCUUGCGGGGUCACACGGUGGGCUGCCCACCUCUUUCUUGGCACACCUUUUGGAAAGGGGAGCGCUUCCUCAGGACCCAUCUGCCAGACCUCCCUCACCGGGAGCCUCCGCUAUGGACAGACACAUGGAAGCGUCCCCUUGGAAAGCCCAGAGCCCAGCUGUGCGUUGGCUGCUCUUUGGUGCAGGUGCCUUAAUGAAGCUUUAAACAUGUCAGGAGCUGCUCAGGGAGGGGUAGGCAGAGCUGUGGGGACGCCGUGGUUUUCUCUUAGCUCUUGUGAUCUUUGUUGGGCACUGACAACGGAGCCUGUGUGCGUGUGUGUCUGUGUGCAUGCAUGCCCGAGUGCGUGCGUGCGUGCCUGUGUACACGUGUGCCUGAGUGUGUAUGUGCAUGCUUGGGUGUGUGUGCUUGCCUGUGUGCCUACUUGUGUGUGUGUGCCCAUGUGCAUGUGUGCCUGCCUACGUGCAUGCCUGUGUGGGUACGUGCCUGGGUGUGUGCAAGCCUUUUGCCUGUGUGCGUGUCUGUAUGUGUGUGUGGCUGUGUACCUACCUUUGUGUGCAUGCCUGCAUGAAUGCCUGUGACCUAUGUGUGUGCAUGUAUGUGUGUGUUUGUGUGCGUGUGUGUGUGCCUGUGUGCCUACAUGCAUGUCUGCGUGUGUGCCUGCAUGUGUGUGUGCGCCUGCAUGUGUGUGUGCAUGCCUUCAUGCAUGCCUGUGACCUAUGUGUGUGCAUGUAUGCGUGUGUUUGCGCGUGUGUGUGCCUGUGUGCCUACAUGCAUGCCUGCGUGUGUAUGUGCAUGCCUUCAUGCCUGCCUGUGACCUACGUGUGUGCAUGUAUGUGUCUUUAUGUGCAUGUGUGUGUGCCUGCGUGCAUGUGUCCCUAUGUAUAUGCGUGUGUGCAUGCCUUCAUGCAUGCCUGUGGCCUACGUGUAUGCAUGUGUGUGUGCGUGUGUGCAUGUGCGCAUGCGUGUGUAUGUGUGGGAGCAUCCCCAGGUGAGCAGCACCACCGCCGACUUUGGUCCUGAGUUUGCGGGGUCCGCCAGGCCUUUUAGCCUGUCAGUGGUGGGGAGGGCAGAGCCACACCUGAACUCCCUCCCUCAGCUCCUCAACCUCUUGCCACGAUGGACGCUGGAAACUCCCCCGGAGGGGCGAGUCCAUCUCUCCCCUGCCUCCCUCCCAGCAGAAACUCCUCGAGCAAGUGCCUCCGCUGGCCCCGCAGCCCGGAGCUUGCCCAGAUGCCUUUCUCCCUAAGCCCUUGUCUUCUGGACCGUGCGGGGAGGGUCUGAAUGAAGACAGCUUUGUCCGUUUAGCCAGACGUUUCGCUUCUCUCCCCACUCCCCUUCCAUCCGAAGGCCAGAGACCCUCCCAGGAAAAGUGGUGGGGGUGUAUACACUGGAAAUGUAGCCCAACUGUUGCAUUCGUGCUUUUCAAAAACACACCUUAGCUUCACAGGAAGGAUGGGGCGACCGACCGGGUGGAGUUGGGGGAGACCCUGAUUUUCUUGAGCGGCCCACACCCGGGGUGAGAGGCAGAGUUGCUGGGGUUUAAUUUUUCUGCGCGGGGGAGGGACUUCCCAAGAGAGAGCCCCAGAUUUGUGACUAUGGGGUUUGGAGGGAGCCUUCAAAGACAGGACUUGCCUUUUCUCACUUUGGAGACGAACACUCUGGAGUUUUAGAGCAUUAAUCUGACCUUGGUGGAAAAUCACGCCUCUUUUAGCCAUGCUGCGCAUGCUACUUUCUUUGUUGGGGUCUAUAUAAAUGUGUCAAACUCUUCUCUACAUUCCAAAGACGUUUCAAGGAACCCGAGAUAUAUGUAUGCUGAUACAUAUAUAAAAUAUAUAUUAAAAGAAUUAUCUCUAUCAGGAAUACUGCCUCAGUUAUUGAACUUUUUUUUUUUUAAGAAUACUUUUGUUUUUUUUUUUAAAGCUGAGAAGUACAGGGGUGAAAAAGAUGUUAUAUUGUGUUUGACUAUUUUCCAACUUGUAUUUUCACAUAAUUUAUAUUUUUUAAAAAGCGGAAAAUUUAAAAGCAAGAUAAAAAAAAGCAGGUGCUUUUUAAAAAUCAGAACUGAGGUAGCUUAGAGAUGUAGCAACAUUAAGUUGUCUAUGUGUUGUUUUUUUUUUUAAUGCAGAAAAAUUUUCUUAUGGGGGAGUUUUUUGUUUGUUUUAGUAGCUGAUGCUGGCACAUCGUUUUGCUGGAGAGUUUUUUAUAUACUGUAGCCUGAUUUCAUAUUGUAUUUUAAACUGUGUGAGAUUAAAAGCAAAAGAAAUUCAU